CAAUGCUGACUCUGAGUGCUGUCUGUACGGAGUUCGUAUGUUCUCCCUGGCACUGCAUUAGUUUUCUCCGGGUGCUCCGGUUUCCUCCCACACUCCAAAGACUUGCGAGUUUGUAGGUUACUUGGCUUUGGACGUCCUUACGAGGCCAGAAUCGUUGGAAGAAGAUGAGUGUCGCUGUGGUUGACUUUGGCUCAUUUGCCUUGGGUGAAGCUGUACCUUCAGCCCAUGAAAUGAAACGAUUAUCCACAGAGAUCGGACGGGCAUUCAGUGAACUUGGAUUUGUGUACCUCAAAAACACCGGCAUCAAAGAUGAGCAAGUGUUUAGAGCGAUGGACAUCUGCAGGAGAUUCUUUCUACUUCCCAAGGACAUUAAACAACAAUAUGCUCGCUCAAAGGACUCUGAUUUUCCAAACCAUGGGUGGAUUGCUUUUGAGACUGAGAGAUUAAACCCAAUGGAAUUGAAUGACCUGAAAGAAGCCUUUAAUGUGACAUCGUUGUCUUCCACUGACACAUGGCCUACCAAAGACCUACCUGAGUUUUCAAGUUGCCUGGAGUCAUUCGUUGGAACGUUUAAGGACCUUUCGUUGCGGAUUUUGAAAGUCAUUGAACUGAGUCUGGGAGUUGAGACUGAUUUCUUUGUCAGCAAGCAUCAAGAGAUCGUCAGUAGUGGCAACUUAUCAACCCUCAGAGCUGCGUAUUACCCAGCGGUACAGAAAUCCUGUGUGAAGGAAAAGCAGAACCGGUGUGGGGAACAUUCUGACUACGGGACAUUCACUUUCGUGUUCCAGGACAGGAACGCAGGACUGGAGGUAAUGUCCAGGUCUGGUCAGUACAUCGCUGCCCCCUACCUUCCAAAUGCGGUUCUUCUCAACAUAGGUGACCUUCUGCAGAGGUGGACAUCUGACAGAUGGAUUUCCGCAAAACACCGAGUGCGAAUCCCGCAGACAGAAGAUGCUUUGAACAGGAGCCGACAGUCACUAAUUUUCUUCACCCACCCAGAUAACGGUGCAAUGAUUGCCUGUUGUGAUGGUUUGGACAAACACCCACCUAUCACCUGCACCCAGUACUUUAAGGAUAAACACCCUGAUUUAGUGAAUGUUUCUCUCUAUCCGUAAAGUGAUGGAGCAGGAAGGAGACAGCUGGAGAAUCGUGAGGCUUUAGACAUUAUGGUGAAGUAAAUAAAACUGUUUCUUACCGAACAUCAAUUAACAUCAGACAGGGGAUCACAUUUAGUGUAGGAAGGAGCUGCAGAUGCUGGUUUACACCAAAGAUAGACACAAAAUGCUGGAGUAACUCAGCGGCUUUGACAGCAUCUCUGGUGAAAUGGAAUAGGUGACGUUUCGAGUUGGAGUCU